AUGCUGGUCACCAGCAAAGACACAGCGAAGGCUGGGAAGUCCCACACCAUGAUGGGUAGUGAUAGCAGCAGCCAGAGUUUAGGGGUCAUCCCGUGUGCCAUCUCCUGGUUCUACAGUCACACAGAGAGGAGGAGGGAGAGGACUGGGGCCAGCCUGGCUGUGUCUGUGUCCGCUAUGGAGGUCUGUGGGGAGGACGAGACCCUCAGGGACUUACUGUCAGGCAACCUCCAGGACAGCCCAUCAGCAGACCUUUAUCUCUUUGAGGACCCCAUCUAUGGAAUGCAGCUUCGGCACCACAGUGUGGUAUCUGCCCCCAACGCCGAGAGAGCUGCCUUCCUGCUGGAUGCAGCCAUCGCAUCGCGCCACCGUGCCGGCCGCCCGAUGAGUGGAGCUCGCAGUGACAUCACACCACCGUCCUCCUCCAGCUCCCAUAUGUUUUUUACUCUGCACGUCCAACAGCAGCUCACAGAGGGCAGCGGCAAAGUACCAGGGGGUCAUAGCAGGUUGAUCAUGAUAGACCUGGCUAACAGUAUAAAGGGGACCAGUGACAGCAGAACUGGACGUCCUGAGUCUGAACUGGGCAGUGUUAUACUGGCCCUACUCAACAAUGGAAACAAAAACAUCCCCAACAGAGAUAGUAAAGUGACCAUGCUGCUACAGGAGUCUCUGGGUAAUAUUAACUGUCAUACGACCGUGCUGGCCCAUGUGACUGACUCACCAGAACACUACCCAGAGACACUCUCCACUGUCCAAAUUGCCUCGCGCAUUCGCAGGACACAGGAGAAGGCAAACCAUUCAACAUCCUGCUCUCCCAGUGGUAGAAGCCUGAGUAGAGAGAGGAGUGGAGGGAGUAGUCCCUUCUCUCUCAGAGCAUUUCACUCUACCAAUGCUGUGGACUAUGACCUCAGUGACCUGCCCCAGCUCAGGCUCGGUGGUGACCUGCUGGAUGACCACUCCAGCAGCGACCAGUCCUGUGACACGGUCAUCCACAUCAACCCCGAUGGCUCGGUCCAGCAGCCCAGUGCGGAGCUGACUCAGCAGGGCCAGGACCAGCCGGAGUUUACCCCUAUUAUCCACUCUCUACACCAGAAUAAGGCUGCAGCGGAAUCGGAGGACGCUGAGCUUUCUGCUCUAAAGAAAGAGCUACUGCAGCACCUUCUAAACAUCAUGCCCAGACUGCAGGGAGAGAAGAAGAAGAAUGAGAGCAUCAUCCAAGAACAACUUUCUCAGAAUACAGCAGAAGUGGGCCAAUGUGAGAGGAACUUAAGUCUUAAGUGUGACACGUUCGCAGAGCUGCAGGAGCGACUCGGGUGCAUCGACGGCAGCGAAACAGUUACCAAGUCAUCGUUAAAAGAACCUUCUGCCAUGACUGAGUCCCCUCCAGUCCCCCAAGAUGGCUCAGGCAGAACUGAGGCUGAGGAAAAUACCUCCUUCUUGAAACUACUGAAUAUGAAGGUGAAGUGUUGUGAGCUUUCCAUUGUGGGUGAGAAAGAGAGCCUGGUGACAGAUGGCAGUCUUCCGGUCGACAGUUUUCAGAGAGAGGACUCUGGUCUGUAUGACUGUGAGGAGGGAAGUGCAGCCAGCUCCAAAGAGGACCAACCAAACCCCUGUGGCUCUAUCAGUAUACAUCCAGCCUGCCAGAACCAAGGCAACCCCCCUGAGUACAGCUUUCUGCCGCAGCACAGUGACAUCUACACUCAGAUCAGCCCUGUGCCAAGCUCUCAUCCUCCUCUGUCUCUUCUUCCCCUGUCUCUGGAGCCAGCUGGAUACCCAGGGAUGUCUGGCUUGCUGCAACACCAGACCAGGACCUCUCCGGCGGGCAAGAGCACUCCGAUAUCCCCCUCUCUCUCUCCAUCCCUCCUCUCCCCCUCGUCCUCCACCACCUCCUCCUUGGCUACCAGUGUUCUCCUAGGAGAGAUAAUCCUUCCCCAGCUUUCCAAGCUGCCUACUAUAGAGUCGGACCUGAAGGAGAUGAAGGCCACCAUCACGGUGAUGGUCCAGCAGCCGUUGGACCAGACGGGUCAGGAUGAGCUGGUGUUCACCAUGGUGGAGGAGGUGACCAUCAGCAGGGCGCUGGAGAGAGGAGGCCGGGCAGGGAACAUCAUCAGGAUCAGGGAUGCCCACUCCUCCUCUGGCCAGGCUUCUUCAGGGUCUGUACUGGGUUCCCUUCCCAUCAGGAUUAUCAGUAACAUUAGUGAAGAUUCUACAGGUUCCACUAUCAAGGCCAUGGACCCUGCUACUACCACUAAGACCAUGGCUGUGGAAGUCAACACCAAACCCAAAGCCAUGUCUUCUCUCUCCAGGAUGGAGAACCGGGUCUUGCCCUCCUUUAUAAACCCCUCGCUCGCUGACCUCAGUAGGAGUAGUGAUGCGGAGGGGUCUCGUCAUCGCCGAGGGGUUUCUAACACCCGUUUCACGCGAGCGGAUGCUUAUGCUGAACCCGAGAAGAAAGAUCAUCUGAAAGGUUCAGGAAGUAAAACGGCGAUGGAGACAGAAGGUGCGUUCUAUAUUACUGAGAGGAAUCACGAGAAGAAUACCAACGAGAGCGUUUUGAUGCCUUUCCCAGGUCAAACUAAUAGUAUUGCAUCAUGUGACACACAUGCCUGGGAGGAGACCGGUUGCUAUGAGAUGAUGUCAUUAGAGAAUAGGGCCAGAGGGAAGAGUGGUAACCAAGCAGAAAGGAGCUAUCCCAGAGGAGGGGAGUUCACCACCUGUUCCCUAACCUGUUAUGACCGGGUCUUACCUGUUCCAUCUUCCCUAAUUACUCCAAAGACACCAGGGGACAGUAGUGAAAGGAGCAGGAAUACACCAGAGAACUGUAUCCCUGGUUACCUUGCAGCUACCCACCACAGAACAGCCAGUCUACCAAGAGGCUGGCAUAAUAUUAACAAGCAGGAGAGCUAUGUAAUGAGCGAGGAGUAUAAAGAUAAAGCCCCAGACUUUACAUCAUCCACCCCUGGUAGUCCCUGGGUGACCCUGGAGAAGAGGCCAUCCUCAGCCAGGCAGGGGAUCUUCUCCUGUGCCAGGGAGAGCCUCCCUCUCCCCUUCUCACCAGCUCGGAAGUACAGCCUGGAGCAGCAGCAGAGGCAGAGAACUAGUAACAGUCCUCUCAGCACAGCCAGUAGUUCACCGUUGGAGCCCAUGCCAUCCGCUUGGAGUGUUAGACAUGAUAGCGGUAAGCUGGAAUCUCCCAUAGAGGAAAGCAGUAGGCUCUUCAGUGCUAAACUAGAGCAGUUGGCUAGCAGGACCAACUCUUUAGGUAGAAUACCACUGGAUUUCCACACUCUGGACCGAGGCAGUAGCCAAUCCUCUGUGAGCUCCAUGGGGAGCUCCAAGGGCUCCAAAGGGAGUUGGGAAGGGGAGUCCAGCCAACCCACCCUACCCCGGGCCAGCAGGAGCCCCAGGAGGGCCACUAGGUACAUUCCCUUGACUGACAAAAACACCCCCUACACAGCCCAUUCUCCCAAAACCAACAGGUCAACCUUUAUAACUGAGCCCAACACCACCACCUCCACAGCCCUCCAGUCUCCUAGAACCAGCCGAUCUAAGCUCUCCGCGGUGGGGAAACUGAUGAUGACCAGCCCUAAGGUCCGCCGGAUAUCCAUCCCCAGUACCAAGAACCUUAGCUUCUCUCCCAAGGCGUUCCGUCAGUCCAUCAACAGGAGCGCCAGUCUGUCCCCUGAUGGGAAGAGCCCUGAGCAUGGUCCACCCUGGUCCACCCAGUCUCUAAGCCGAAACCAGACCCCCUCGCCCCAGACCCUACCACCACGCCUCAUAGCAAAGUCCCCCGUCCGGGUAAUCAACGGGCGCAUCUCAGAGCUCCUCCAGAUCGGCAGAGAGCCCUACCCCUCUGGCGGGGCCUCCGGAGGACUAGUUCUAGACAAGAUGGCAGCAGCGGCUGGAGCUGCCUGUAGAUCCAUGGGAGAGGUUCAUCCUGUUCACGCUGUACCCUCACCCUAUGCCAGGGUGACAGCGCCUCGCAGGCCCAACCACCUCAGCGGGCACGCCAGUGAUGUCACUAGUGUGUUGAGCGGGGAGCUGCCCCCGGCCAUGGGUAAGACAGCAUUAUUGACCAAUAGGAACAGCGUGGUGAGCAGUGGCUAUGAGAGCAUGGUUAGGGACAGCGAAGCCACAGGGAGCAUUACCUCCAACAGAGACUCUAUCAGCGAUAAGAGCUGUUCUAUGAUCAGUGUGGCCCGAAGUGAGAGGAACCCCAAAAGGAGGAGCAGCAACGGUUCACACCCGCGGCAUCUGUCCAAUGACACGUGCCAAUCUCUGAGGAGGUCUGCCAGUGGGCCCAGGUCUCGCUGGGUAGACAGGGGCAUCUCAGAGGCCUACGAGAUCAAGGUCUAUGAGAUAGAUGACGUGGAGAGGCUGCAGAGGAGAGGAGGAGCAGGCAAACAGGGAAUAGUCUGCUUCAGUGCCAAACUCAAGUUCCUGGAGCACCGUCAGCAGAGGAUCGAAGAGGUGAGAGCCAAGUACAACAGCCUGAAGAGAGAGCUGGUGCUGGCCAAACAGAAUCUCAUGCUGGAGCCAGGGAAAUGGAACCAAGAGUUUGACCUGUGGCAGACGUUUGAGGUUGACUCUCUGGAACACCUGGAAGCGUUAGAGGUGGUCACGGCAAGGCUGGAGAGCAAGGUCAACCUCUGCAAGGCCAACGUCAUGAUGGUCACGUGCUUCGACGUCGCCACCAAGCGCCGGCAAGCGCGGAGACGCCGCCGGACGGAACAGCAGCAAGGAUUCAUGGGAAUUUAGUGUCAUUUUGUUCCCAUUGUUGUUAAUAGAUGUACAAAGAGAGAGAUUUACAAAGAAAGAGAAAAAGAGAUGUAGAGAGAGAGAGAGAAGGCCAUUAAUGGAAUACCACCGUUUUUUUAUGCUUAUCUGAAUUCCACUUGGAAAACAUACACAGGUAUUUGUAUUUCAACUCCCUAAGAGUAGUGAGAAGUAUCACUCAGUGUUGACUUCUCCUGAAUAAGAGGGAGUGGAAUCAACAUCUCUGAAUACCACAGAGCACUCUCACUCCGAAAUGGUGUAUGUUCUUCUGACACACGAUACAGGUCAAUAUUCACCGUUACAGUGGGUAUCAGAAGUAUUCACCCCCUCAAAUUUUUUUCCACAUUUUGUUACAUUGCAAAGUGGGAUCGAAAUGGAUUGAAUUGAUUUUCACAAAAUAAUCCAUAAUGUUAAAGUGAAAAGAAAAUACUGCAAAUGUUUACAAAUGAAUACAAAUGAAAUAACUGGAAUAUAGUUGCAUAAGUAUUCACCCCCUUUGUUUAGGCAAGCCUAAAUGAGUUCAGUAGUCAAAUUUGGCACGGCAAAUCACAUAAGAUACAUGGACACACUAUGUGCGAAAGAGGAAUUGACAUUGACGUUUUUAAUGACUACCCCUUCCUCUGCACCAACUCAGUGGCCUCGCUAUAGAAACAGAAGAUAGGGUCCUGCCCUAUGAGCUGUUUCGUCUCGCACAAGGUAAGGCUACUUACUACCCCUUCCUCUGUCCCCCAUACAUACAAGCAUUUCGCUACACUCGCAUUAACAUCUGCUAACCAUGUGUA